AUGCCGCGCCCCUCGCGCGCGAACGCGAACGCCCCACGCGCGUCGCACUACGUCGGAUACGCGGACGACGACGAGGACGUGACCGCCAUCAUGGCCAAGUUCGCGGCGAUCGAGCGCGCGGAGAAGGAGGCCGCCGCGCGCUGCGGCGGCACGCUCACGGAGGAGGAGCUCGUGAGGGCUACGGGCGCGCACGCGCCGGCGGCGAACGAGCUCGACGGCGGGGGGGGGCAGCGUCAUCAUCACCAUCAUCAGGCGCGUUCUAUACACUGGUUCCCAUACGACCGCGUCGGCGUGAGAGGAUCGAAGGUGGAGUUCGGGGACGUCGAGCUCGUCCCGGGGAACGUGAAGCCGACGGAGUUGGACGCCGCGGACGCGACGCGGACGUUCGCGCGGCUUCGCGCCGGCCGCGGCUUCGCGCCCGAGGCGCAGCGCGCGGCGCCCGCGGACGCGACGAACGACGCGAGGGAUCCGGCCGCUCGCGCCGGGACCCCGAUCGCCGCCGCCGCCGCGGACGGCGGCGGCGACGGCGGCGACGUCGCGUUGGUCGAGCUCGAGGGCGUGGACGCGUACACGCGAGAGCGCGUCCUCGAGGCGAUGACCGCGUCCGCGGAGGACGGCGGCGCCGGUCUGAGCGAGGACGACGCGGAGAAGGUGCUCGCGAAGGUGUUUCAGACGAUGCGUCUGAGAGCCGUCGCGGGGAAAGAUCCCGGGUUGCACCACGCGGCGAAGACGGUCGCGAACGUCCCGAAGCGGACGCCGCGCGACACGGAGGACCUAAACCUGCGCGACUGCGGGUGGAUGGAAGCCCCCGCGCUGGUGCUCGCGAAGCUGUGCGCGAAAGAGCCGAAGGAGAUUCGCGCGCGAAGCAAAGGCCACGGGCUGGUGUGCGUUCGCGCGGAUGGCAUUCCGAAGGGCGCGUCCUCCUUCCUCGCGCCGCCAGACUGGUCCCCAUACGACCGCGUUCGCGUGGUGAACGCCCUCUACCCCGGGUGGCGGUGGUUCGAGAAAGAGGUCGCCGCGCAGAGAGUCCGUCGCGACGUCCGCGACGACGAGGACGUCCCGGUGUUCUACAACGCCGCGGUCGAGCGCGACGUCGCGGAUCCGAAAGGGUACGACAUGCUCUUCGUCGACGGGAUGGUCAAAGGGAGUCUGCUCACGCGCGCGUCGCACUCGUGCGAACCGAACGCGGAGAUGCGCGUCCGCGUGCGCGAGGGGUCGUACGCGGUCGAGAUGGUGUCCACUUGUCACAUCGCGAGAGGCGAGGAAGUGUGCUGGGACUACAACUGUCAGACGGACAGCGAGCGGGAGAUGAAGCGCGCGAUCUGUUGUUGCGGCGCGAAGCGAUGUAGGGUGUCGUAUCUGCACUACGCCGGCGACGACGACUUCGCAUCGUAUCUUCGCGCGAGGCAGCACGUCGCGGCGACGACCGCGGCGCUGUUGCGCGCGUCGUGCACGUCAACAUCGAGGCCGCCGCCGUCGUCGUCGUCGUCGAUUACUAUGUCGGACAUUAUCCGACAGUUGUCCGACGCGGGGUUGAAGCUCGGCGACGCGUCCGACGAUACCGAGCGCGGCGUCCUGAGCGGCCUCCCGGAGUGGACGCUGCGGUUCGCCGCGAGCGCGGUAAAGUACAUCGCGGACGAGAAAGCCGCGCUGCGCGUGACGCUCGCGUCGCAGGCGCUCGUGAAGGCGGCGAAAGCGCGAGCGGCGGCGGCGAAGGAUGGAGGAGCGGGAGGGGGAGACGGAUCCGCCGCCGCCGCCGCCGCCGCGAAAGCCGCGAAAGCCGCGCACUUGGACGCGGAGUCCGAAGCCUCGGGCGUCGCCGCCGGACGCUUGCAGAGCCUCGUCGUGACUCUGGAUAAAGUGCGGCACGUGUUAUCGACCGAUGCUGCGGGAGGUACGGACCCGGUCAGGGGGAUGGCGAACGAGAAGAUGGUCGCGGACGGCGUUCGCGCCGCGCCGCCGCCGCUGAAAGCGCUCACCGCCGCGCACGCGUUGACGCACUUGAACGCCGUCAUGAAACGCGCGCUCAAGGCGGCGAAGGAAACGCUCGGCGACCGCGCGUUUAAGAAACUCGAGGACGCCGCGGGUGACGGCGGGAAGGCGUCCGCGUCGUUGAAGGACGCGCGGCGACGGCUGCGCGCGGUGGCCGCCGCCGCGUGGCGUCUGAAGGAGUCCGAAUCUGAAUCCGACGACGACGACGACGACGACGCGCACGCCGCCGCGGCCGCGACCGGGGACCUCCUCUACCUCACCUCGAUCACGCGGACGUUCUUCCGACCGUCCGCCCUCACGAUGCCGUUCACGUCGCCGUUUUGCCAGGUUGGCAGCGUCGGCGGCGGCGCGGGCGUCGUCCACCGGAUGCGAUACGGCGCGACGGCGGUGUACGCGUUUCUCGCCACGUGGCACGCGGAGUAUCUCGAGUCCGCGGAGAGCGUCGUGUGGCGUCGCGCGCAAGGCGGAGUGUGCCUGCCCAUCCCCGCGGCGCCGCUCGAGGCGCACGGCGCGAAAGGCGGCGGCGGCGGCGGCGGGGAUCGAACCGGCGGCGCGCCGCCGCAGAAGCGGAGGAAGAGCUCGCGCGACGGCGACGACGACGACGACGAGGCGCCUCCCGUCCGCGGCGCCGUCGGCGCGCAGCCGUCGUCGUUCCUCGCGACGCAGCUCACGCGCGGUGGCGGCAAGCCGUGGUGCAGAGUCGACGGGUGGAAGUACGUCGGGAUGGACGAAGACGCGGUGCUCGGGUCUCCCGUCGUGGAUGCGAUUUUGACGGGGGGGGACUCCGCGCCCGGAGCCGCCGCGCUCGCCGCGUUGACCGCCGCGAAGCGGGACGCGCUGACGGCUCACGAAAAAACGUUCGUCGUCGAGGCGUUCGAUCACGACGACGAGGUUUUCGUGCCGUGCUGGAACGAGGCCGACGUUCCGGUCGUCGUCGCGCCGGCGGUUCGCGUCCCCGCGGCGGCGGCGGCGGCGAUCGCGGCGGCGGCGCCGGCGCCGGCGCCGGCGCCGCCGGCGAAGGACGGCUUCGCCGAGCCCGAAUCGCGGGCGGCGGCGAUCAAAAACGAAAACGACGUCGCCGCGCCCGCGGAGGACUCCCCCGCGGUCGCCGCGCUCGCGAAGUCGACGUCGGAGGCGGCGGCGGAGGCCGCGAAAAACGAUUCGAAACCGCCCCCCGCGCCCGCCCCUCUCGCCGGCGACCCCGUGCCGCUCAAAGAGAACAACGUCCGGUGCGUCGUCUGCGCUCGCGUCGGCGUGGACGCGCGCGACUUCAUCCUGUGCGACGGCUGCCCCGCCGGCGGCCAUAUCGCGUGCCUCCGGAUCGACCCGCCGCCGCCGCCGCCGAACGCUUCGUGGUGCUGCCACGCGUGUCGAGGCGGGAAACUCGCGGGCAUCGCGCCUCCCGGGCGCCGCGGGUUCUUGCUCGCCGCCGCGGAGGCUGCCGCGAACGGGACGCUCGGGAGGAUGCAGAGGGGAGCGGGGAGUGGGGUUGGCGCGGGAGGCGCGCACGGCGCCGGGAUGAGCGUCUCGCUCGCGCCGGGCGCGAUCGGACCGCCGCCGCCGUCGGGCGCCAUCGCGAGGGCGAACCUCGCGCGCGGGUUCAAGGGGUUCGGCGUGGAGCUCCUCUCCAAGGGCUUUCGCAGCGCGUCCCCGCCGCCGCCGUCUGGAGGCAAAGGCGGGGACGGGGCGCUGACCGAGUCCGGCGCGAACAAGCGGUCGUUCGACGACCUCGCGGGGAUGGCGAAGAUGGACGACGACUACGGCGGCGGCGGCGGCGGCGGCCCGCCGUGCAGGCGCGUUCUCCUCACACUGGUCCCCAUACGACCUUUCCCCGUCCCUCGGACGUGCCCGCCCGCCGUCGCCGUCGACUGCGGCGGCGCGAAGGGCGAGUUCGUCAUCGCCGACGGGCUCGUGCACUGUCUCUGCUCCGGGUGCGCCGCGGGCGUCGCCGCGAAGCUGCAGGAGAGUAACGUCUUCGGGCUGCAAGCGUUUGAAUUCCACGGUGGUAAAGGCAGCGCGGGGAAGUGGAAGGCGUCGAUCAAGGCGUACCCGGACGGAUUCCCGCCGGAGAUGCUCGCGGCCGCGGGCGGGGAGGAUGAAACGGUCAAGAGGAAGCCCUUUCGGGACACGAGCGAGGGGUUAGGGCCGUGGCUCGAGCGAGAGUGCCCGGAGCAUCCGUGCCUCGCGCGGAGCCGCACCAAAGAGAACGACUGA